CCGCGUGGUAGCUUGUUAGAAAAAAUCGGAGAAUGAGACUGAUAGUGCUAUUAAGUAUAAUAGCUUUCUCAUAUGGAGACAAGCUGGAUAAAACUUAUCUACCACCAAAUGCCCAAGCUUCCGGUGGUUCCAGUGGAAUACUCCAAGCUCCUAUCUCAACACCUAUAGUGGUGGUCAACGAUGAGGAGUUCCAAAGACAAAUUGAAGAAACCGUUCAACACGAAGAAGAACGAAGAAGAGACGAAAUCCAUAGAUCCAUACUCAACAAUGGGGUUGAAUUUCAGAGACCGAGCGUUACAAAUGUAGUCACAGAUAGUGCUGCGUUGCAAAGACCGAUAGGUUUUGUAGUUAAUACUAACAAUCAAGAAGUUAAUGAUGUAGUUCGUAUUGGUAACCGAGGUAACAUUUUCGUCCAGAACCAAAAUCCAGUGGAAUAUAAAGAUGUACAUUAUCCAGCACCCCAUUACCAAGUGGUCGACCAAAGAUAUGAACGCAAACAGGCUGUCAACGAAAGAAAUGCUGCAGUACUUCGUCAAGAAUAUAAAAAUGAAGGGGAUGCUUACGCGUAUGCUUAUGAAACAGAAAAUGGAAUUUGGGCUGAAGAAAAUGGUGUAGCUACAAAUGGGGUCAACGCGCAAGGUGCAUUUUCUUAUAUUGGUGACGAUGGCAUCCAAUACAGUAUGAGUUAUACUGCUGAUGAAAAUGGUUUUGUGCCUCAGGGUGAUCAUAUUCCUCGUAUUCCAGAAGAAAUUCUUAAAUCAUUGGAACAGAAUGCUCGUGAUGAAGCUGCUGGCAUAUUUGAUGAUGGAUCGUACGACGAGCGGAAAUACGGUGGACAAGAUGUAGGUACAAAUCAGCAAAGAGUCAGCGUAGUUACAAGUCGUCCAAAUGUAUUCAUCCAAAGUUAUUCAACCCCACCUACAAUCGUCCAAAAUUAUCCAACGGUACCCACAUACAUCCAAAACCGUCCAACCAUACCUACCAUCAUCGAUCAAGGUGCAAGUAAUGAAGAUGCAGUGAUCUCCAAUUCUCUAUCAUCCAAAUAUAGAUUAGCUGGAUACAGGUACCCAAACAAUCUAGUGAACCAACAGAACACUUUAGCACCAGUUGUUAACACUUUGAUUCAAGAAGUAACACCAAGUCCUGCAAAUAAAGUAUACCUUCCACCAGUUAAAAGGAAGGUACCAGCAGAAAAUCGUCCCUCAAAGUUAAAAAGAAAAACUGUGGUUGUAAAAAGAACUCGUAAACCAGAAUACAAAGAGAAUGAUAAAAAUAACAAAUCAUAGUUUAGAAUGGAUGCUUUAAAAUCUGUAAUCUUUAAAUCAGUCUAGUUA